AUGAAACCCAUCACGUUCGAGAACCUCCGGCGGCUGAUCGGCGGUCGUCGGAAGAAUAAGGACCGCAACGAGUCGCCGUUCAAGCGGAGCGACUCGUUCAAACGGAUAUCGAUCCGCAGGAAUUACUUGGACGGUAGGGGCGGCGGUCAAAAGGGCAGGAAUCCCACCAAAAAGCCUCCGCCGAUAGACGGCGUAGCCGACGGUGAUGAUUCGCCGCAACAGCAGCAUUCUUCCGUACUUACCUCGGCCAAGCCUGACGGUAGCCUUCCGACUAGUCCUCCGGUCAUUUCUCGUCUCCAGGCCAGUCCCAGAGCCGCUUCUCGUCGUCCGUUAAGUCCCCUGCCCGCGCCUCCCUGCAGCAGAGACGAUGUACCGCCACCACCCGUGGAGCGAAGACGACAGGCGGUCGCUCCAGCACCACCACCGCCGCCACCACCAUCACCACCGCCCACCGGCUCCACGACCGCCGUGACCACCAUGACUACCAGCUCCUCGGCCCCCGCUGUCGCCGCACCGGUCAUCGAUUACGGCGAAUGGAUCCGAUGCAUACGUGCGGAAGAAGACUUGAACAACUUGAAGCGGUCUUGUUCGCCUCCCCCGCCUCCCACGCCACCGGCACGGUACCGUUACCACGUGCACAAGGAGCUGGACGACAGUAGCCGUACCGACUCUGCCAUCAGCCUCGGCCGGAUAUGGAUGGACGCACCGAUGUUACCGCCGGCCGCACCCCGGAGCCUGGAGCUACCCGCCCGGCCGGCCGCGGCCGCAGCGAUGGCGGCCGACGGCGACGGUCAGCCGCCACGGCGAGCCCACCAUUCGCUGGAGAGCGCGCUCAAGGACAAGCGGGAUGACCGGCCAGUGCCGUGCAGGCGGUUCCAUCGGUACCCCAUGGCCGGGGACGGUGUCAACAAGACGGCGUCCCGUUCGUCGGUGGCGUCCACGUGCUCGGGCAAAGACUCGGGUUUCAGCCUGUCCGCCCCGGGACUGUCCGAUCCUCCGAGACCGUCUAAGCAGCAAUUGUUUCGCAAGAAGGCACCCAGACGUCCCGCGGCAGGUGCCGCUGCUAAACCGACGACGACGGCGCUGCAGUCGCCGCCCACGCCGCAAGACCAACUCUACCAGGUGGUGGUCGCCCGGUCGCCGUUGCGACAGCUCAAAUUGGACCCCAUGAUGUUCGUUCCCCCGGAAAAGAGGCGCCCCACCCAGCACCAUCACCACCAUCACCAUCACACGAAGUCCCGUCCGGUCGUCGAGAUCCGAGACUAUUGCGUGCCUAAAGACGCUCGUCUGCAGCGACGUGACCCCGCGGACGACUACCGCGGAGACACCGACGAUUACGACGACGAAGAUGACGAACAGGACAGACUUUACGAGUCGAUAUCGAAGGGCACCCGGGGACGGUGGCAAGAGUCCACGGACGACGCGGACACCGAAGACGACGAACAGGAGCAGCUGCAGCAGCUGUACCACCGCCGACACCAGCAGCAUCACCACUACCAGCACCAGAACCAUGACCAGCACCGGACUCCCGAAACACCAACUCGGAACACCAACCGGGUGAAACGGAAAAAGUCGGCCCGACGGAACAUAAAAUACGUAGUGAAACCUGUCCGACGGGCGCCGUCCGCGGCCACCCGGAGACCCAGCGUCACAGCCAAGUCGAAAUUCGCCGGGACGCCAAUAAGUAAGUCACGUGAACGAUUUCUGUACUAA